AUGGACCCUCUUAUCUCUCCAUCUUCUACUGUCCAAGGACACGCGCUUCAAGUCCCUCCAGGAACUACACCAGCCUCAGCCAACCCCUCAGCUACAAGCAACAGUAACAGCAACAAUAAUAAUAAUAAUAAUAAUAAUAAUAACAACAAUAAUAAUAACACUCCAUCUUCUAAUAUGCCCUUCUCAGGACCUCCUCCGGCAUACUCGCGUGAACGGUUCAGUUCCGUGCCCUCUGUAACCCCUCCAUCCGCAGCUGUCCGUGUCCCAACCCACCCAAGUUCUCGUGGUGGUUCCGGUUCCGCCACUUCGCCGUCUUCUGCCGGUCUUUCGGCUUCUGCAUCCGCUGCCUCUUCUUACUUCUCUGUGUCCUCAGCAUCCCGCUACGUCCCAAACACAAAUGAACCUUCCUCAGUUUCGUCUUCUUACAAGAGUGUCAUUCCACAGUCUGCAUCAUCUUACCAUACCGCCUUCUCUCCAUAUGCUCAGGGUCCAGGAUCCGUUUCUUCAACUACUACUUUCCAGGAACGCUCAGCAUACUUUGCACCAGCUCCUGGAGCUGGAUCAGCAGCAGCUGCAGCAGCGGCGGCAGCGACGGCGGCAGCAGUAACAGCAGCAGCCGCAGCAGCAGCAUCAUCAUCAUCAUUAUCAUCAUCAUCAGUAGCUGCAUCAACAACUGCCACGGCAACUACAACACCAAACAUCUCUUCAUCAUCCACAGUACAUCCAUCUGAUAGAAAACUUUCUGUCUCAGGGUUUCCUCCAUCCUCUGUAACUACAACACCGGCCGGCCACGAUGAUUCUUCACCUGGAGGUCUCAUGGAUCCUCAGAGAUCGCCUCAGAGUGAUGCUUCACCACUUGUUCCUGACCGUACACGGUUCCCAAGUAUUUCUGACCCAGAAAAUAAUACCAGCUCAUUCCAACCCUCGGAUUCCGCCGACCAACAGCAACAUCCAACGAUUCGUACAUCCCUACUCACUUCUAAACUUGCAGCAGCAAAAGCAGCAGCAGCAGCGGCUGCCGUUUCAACCUCAACCUCAACCUCAACCUCAUCAUCUUCUUCCUCAGAAUCUUCACUUGUCCAACAACAGCAACCCUUUGCAUCCUCAAAUAAUACCUCUUGUACAAAUACCUCCAAUGGCGGCCUCCACUUUGGAGCUGCGGCAGCUUCCUACUCUGCAUCUUCAAACAACAUUCCUUAUUCGGCCUCAGCUUCGGCUUCUUCAUCCGCCGCUUCAUCUUUCAGCUCCUCAGCAUCAUCAGCGUUCCCCUACCCCAAACCAGGAAGUUUUUCUAUCCGCAAACAAUCUCCACGCACUUCUACAGGGGCAGGAGCCUUUGGUACUUCUCCAUAUGCUAACUCUACUGUUGGAACUGCAGGAGGUAAUAACAGUGGUCUUUCGAGUUCUUAUGGGUCGGCUGCUGCAGCACGCCAUCAUCAUCAUCAUCACCGGAUGUCUACAUCUUCAUUUCGCCAACAGCAGCAGCAGCAGCAGCAGCAGCAGCAGCAGCAGCAGCAGCAGCAGCAGCAACAACAACAGCAAGAAAGAGACCGCCAACGCCAUUCUUUAAGCGGUGCUUCAUCAUCUUCAAACUCCCAGUCCUUUUUACCACACCCGGCGUCUACCACUACAAAUGUCACCAUGGCUGUGGCCUCGGGCAUCUCCACACAGGCCCCUGAGCAAAAACAAAUACCUACCACUCGCCAUUCUUCUUCUUCCUCUUUGGAGGAGGAGGAGAUGGAUGUGGAUGAAGAUAAUCAUCAUCACCAUCACCACAAUCAUCUCCACCAUCACCAACAACAACAUGGAGAUGACGAAGAUGUAAAUAUGACUUCAGAAACCCCCAUGCACAGACCUACAACAGACAACCACGAGGAUGAGCAUGAGGAUGAGCAUGAUGAUGAUGAUGAUGAUGAUGAUGAUGAUGAUGAAGACCAACAUUUGCCUGAUGCUCCAAAAGACUCGGAGGAAGGAGCUAAUGCUGGAUCUGGGUCUUCUUCAUCAUCUGCAAAUUCUCACGCGUCUAGCCAACCAACUGAGGCCACCAAGGAAACAGAAGCAACCGACGUGACCAUGCCACCCGACACGACGGAUGAAGCGACGGUCACUGGAGAAGAGUAUAAAGACUCUUCAACCAAUGAAACAUCAUCAACAGCCACCCAAUCUCCGUUUGAACAUCUUGAUAUUGCUAACCACCCAGUUCCUGAGGUGAUUGUCAUGUUAACAGCUUUGCUGCAAAAAAUUAUUGAUGCCAAUGAUGCCCUACACCCACAACACUAUCAAACAGCUUAUUCGCACAAUAGCCAUGGUGGCGGUAGCAGUGGGUCUGGGUCUGGGUCUUCUUCUUCAUCAUCUGGGCCUAGUGCCAAUGGAUCACAAUUCACGGCCAAUGUGUUGGCAUUUCAUGGACGUAACGUGCCUGCCAUUGGAUUGGAGGCAUACCUGAAUCGUAUUCUCAAGUAUUGUCCUACGACUAAUGAGGUUUUUAUUUCGUUACUUGUUUAUUUUGAUCGCAUUGCACAGCGUGCCAACUCUGGUGAGCUUGAUGGAUCUGCAGGAUCUUCAGAUACACGAAAUGAGGGAGAAGAUGGUAAACGCAGUGCAAGACUGGAGCGUGGUGAUGGGAAUGAAGAAUCGAAUGAUCGGGUUAAUUCAAGUGGGUCAUCAUCAUCAUCGUCAUCGUCAUCAUCAUCAUCAUCAUCUUCUUCUUCUUCUUCAUCAUCAUCAUCAUCAUCUUCGUCUUCUCCUGCUCCAAAGAAGCAACUUUUUGUAAUGGAUAGCUAUAAUAUUCACCGUCUUAUUAUUGCAGGAGUGACGGUAGCAUCCAAGUUUUUCUCGGAUGUUUUUUAUAAAAAUUCACGGUAUGCCAAGGUUGGAGGACUUCCUAUUGAUGAAUUAAACCAUUUGGAACUUCAGUUUUUGUUAUUGACUGAUUUCCGGCUCAUGAUUCCACUCGAGGAGUUACAACGAUAUGCAGAUUUGCUUUUAGGGUUUUGGAAGAAGGAACAGACUACUCAAUCACAGCAACAGCAGCAGCAACCAUCUCAACAACAACAACAACAACAACAACAACAAGUUAAUACGUGA